CGCAUGUCCUCUGGUUCAGGCAGGAUCCAGCCUAUUAAUACUGAGACUGAGUGAGGGGGCGAGAGAUGGAGCCAGGCAUGAGAAAAACACAGCAGGACUGCUCUGACAGAACACAUCCUCCUAUAAAAGGCAGAGCUGGUUUCUGUCACACUAGGCUUCCUUCUCCCCUAAGCUCCACGUCUAGUCCGAUCCAACUCGACCUGCCUUUCUUCCACAGCCUGGCUCACUCUUGCUGGAUGAUUGACCGAUUGGUUACUGGUAUUCUUUAAGGUUUUCACUGACUGCUGUAACAUUCUAGAUGUAAACAUGUCGGGAAUUAAUAGUGACCAGCUGCACCGCUCCACCUUGGGGAUUUACAUGAACUUGACUGACGAGUUCAACCCAAGUCUACAGAAAUUGGUUUCACUGGGAAACAGCUACAUCCAUGCUUUCAAAGCUCUUACUGUAAGCAGCGAUGCCUACUUCAAUGCACUUUCAAAGAUUGGAGAAAAGGCUUUCUACUCCAUGUCCUCCCGCUCCCUGGGAGAUGUCCUGAUUCAGAUCUCUGAGAACCAACAGAGACUCACCUUAGAGAUGGAAAGAGUGUUCCACAAGUUCAGUUUGGAUGUCCUGCAGGUGAUGAGCGACAACAUUCAGCUGGACAUGGACUACAUCUCAGACAGCAGAGUAAAGUAUGAGACUGAGGUCCAUAACCAGGUAGCAGCUUUGAAGAGGCAGAGGAGGGGAGGAACUGGCCAGGACUCUAGUGAGUAUGUUCAGUUUGUGAGGGAGAGCCACCGCGAGGCUUUGGAGGAGGAGGAGAGGCGGUACCGCUUCCUGGCUGAGAAACACUGUGGCCUCAUGCAGUCCAUUGGUCAAUUUAUGAACAAGACAGGAGGAACUCUCCUGCACAAAGCUGAUAUGUGGACAGAGGAGGUCGGGGCCACCAGACGACCAGAGGUCAAGCGACCUGCUUCUGUGGAGAACACUGGAGGAAUGAGGGCAGAGGACAUCAGACAGAUCAGAGAGGAGAUGUCCCUUGGCAAGAUACCAUCAAGGGCACCUUCUCCAGUGGGAAGCGUUUAUCGCUCUCGAGGUGGCGGAGGAGGUGUGUCCAUGAGGGCCAGGGUGGCUCACCAGCCCACUGGCUCCAAUCCUACCUUACUGCCCUUCUCCAGGGGACAAAUCAUCACUGUUCUAGUCCAGCAACCCAAGAACGGCUGGCUCUAUGGAUACGCUGAAAACAGUUCAUAUCAGGGAUGGUUUCCAGCCUCUUAUGUGGAAGAAUUUGAUGAGCCUCUAAUGUUCCAGAGUUCCCGUAACUCUGGUCUCCUGAGGAGCAGCAGCAUGAGCAACUUGCUGGACCAACCAGGAGCUAGCAGUAGCAGAAGCAGCAUUGCCAUGAGUAAUGUGUUUGACCAGCCAAGACCCAGCAGCAAGACCCCUAGCAGCAGCAAAGGUGGAGCCCCACCUCCUCCACCUCCACUACUAACACAAUCCUCAAGCAAUUCAUCCUUAGAGACGUGGCAGAACGUACUCUUCCCAAGGGGUACCAAUCCAUUUGCUACAGUGAAGCUGAAGCCCACUCACACCAAUGACAGAUCUGCUCCAGUGCUACAUCGGAGAUUACUUUUUAUAUAGGAAAGAGAUGCUUCCAUUUAGUUUGACAACUGGAGGUUCAGCAGUGGCUGUUUUUUGGAACUACACUAAAUAUCUCAGUAAAGCAUUUACCCUUUCAGAAAUAGAGUGGCUUACAAAAGUA